AUGGACCAGGAUUAUCCAGAUAUCAGCCAGAACACUUAUCCUGAGGAGAGCGCUUAUCCAGAUAUCGAUGAGAAUGUGCAUUACCCGUGGCAAGAAUCUCAGCAACCUGUUUCUGGAGAGAUACACGCUUCCGCUUCAGUACUUGAUCCACGGCUGUUUGGUGACUCUUUCUCACAAAAUUUACCGCAGGCUGCGUCCGCAUACGAUCAAUUCGAUGAGGAGCUACAGCCAGAUCCCGAUCACAUGGAUAUCGGUGAUUAUGGUUGGGAUUUAGAUAGUGAUGACGAGUCUGAUUCAGAUGACAACGAAGACGACGAUGAUGAUAAUGAUGAUGACGACGAGGAGGAUUUUGAGAACGAGUAUUAUGAGGAUGAGGACGAUGAGGUUGAUGAAGAAGAUUCCAAUCGUCCCCGUCCCGCUGGCCGAAGAGGUCCGUGGAAGGCGAAGGAUCCUGGCCCAGAAUUCAGGUUGAUUCACUCACAAGCUACUGAGGCGUUCAUUGACGGAAACUAUGAGCUCGCCCAGGAACGUACAAUGGAUGCUAUCCAUGUCAAUCCGGAGAUGUUCCCAGCACAUCUGUUGCUGUCGGAGAUUUUCCUUGCACAAGGCCAGAAGGACAAGGCCUUGGGGGCUCUUUUCAGUGGCGCCCAUACACGACCUAGGGAUCGCAACGUUUGGCUUCAAAUCGCAGAUUUGAUCUUGCAACGCGCUGGCGAGGACCGUCAACCGGCGCUCAAUGAUGUAGUGUAUUGCUACAGCCGUGUGCUUGAUAUUGCACCCAAGAAGGAGAUUGAUGUUCGAUAUGCAAGAGCUGCAAUCUACAUGGAGCAAGGAUACAUCGGAAAAGCUGCUCAAGAGUAUGAAAGGAUUCUGCGAGCCCGACCACAUAACACCAAAGCCCUUUGCCUUUUGGCAGAGGCUUUGAUUCAGACGAGAGAGUUCUCCAAGGCUAUCAAUUACUGGUCGGAAAGCGUUGAGCAUUUCAUUUCCCUUGACCCAAUAGACGCCCCUGAGUUCUCCUGGUCCGAGAUCAAUAUUUACGUUGAACUUUUCGGUUACGUUGAGCAAUACGAGCAAGGGCUUGUUGCUCUUAAAACACUGGCGAGAUGGCUGCUAGGUCGUAAAGAAGAUUAUUUCUGGGAAGAUUUCACUGAUGAUGAUCGAGAAUGGGAUCUACAACACUCACCUCGCCGCAUCAAGACUGAUGGCUUUAUUCCAGGCCAGUGGCCUGAUGAUUCAUACGGUCUUGGGCUUCCGCUUGAACUUCGCAUCAAAAUGGGCAUUUUUCGGUUGAGAAUGGGUGAACACUAUUACGCGGAUGCAUUGGAUCAUUUUGAAUGGCUGAAUCCUGAAGAUAAUGCGGAAGGUGCACGGCUAUUCGAUUUCGGCGAUCUUUUCCGCGAAGUUGCAGAUGCACUAAAGAGCACAGGGUCACUUCAUGAUGCCUUGCGUUUCUACAGUCCUAUACAACUUACAUCCGACCAUGCAGAUGUCGGCUACUUUAUGGCUAUGGCUGACUGUCUCGUGCAGUUGGAAAAGAUGGAAGAGGCUGAGUCAUGUUAUCUCACUGUUGUAGGAUACGACCCACAACAUCUGGAUUCAAGGGUACUUCUUGCGAAGCUGUACGAGAAGCAGGGGAUGAAUGACCAUGCUGUGAGGUACGCUAAUGAGGCCCUCAACAUUGGCCGGCUCGAAAACAGAUCUCAAAAGCGAAGAAAGGAUACAAGACUUGAACAGCUUGCUAUCGAGUUUAGACAGGCCCAAGAGCCUGACGCUCUCCGGCCGCUUGCACCCAAACCUGUUAUUGUCAACCAGUGGCCUGCCUCAACUUCUAGACGAGGCCGUGGACAAAUUGAAGAAGCCCAACGGAUCAUUGACAUUCAGUUCCUGCAUGCAAAACUGCUCCAUCUGGAGCUUGGAGUCAAAGAUGGCGUAUAUGAAGCUAUCGAAGACUGGCUUGAUAUUGCUGAUGCUUUGCUCCGUGACUUCCGAUCAAAUCGAGUCUUUUAUCCAAUGUCGAAGGGGAUGGAAUUCCAAGGAUACUACCCAAAGUUAGGAAAGACAAAGACCCGAAACAUGGUUACUGAAGCCAGAGAGGUAAUGGAACGUAUACAAAAGAGUAUUAAUCAGUCACUUCCGGGACCUUCGCAUGCAUCACUAACUUUAUUACCUACUAAAGGCCUAGAAAAUGAAGAUGAAGAGCCGAUGGAAACCAUUCCGAAUGAGUACCGCAGUAUUCCAUUUGAUGAAUGGCUCGACAUAUUUCUUCAAUAUGCCCUUCUUUCUACGGAUCAAGGAGAUCACAUGGAAGCAUAUGAAGUACUCAAUAGCGCUGCAGCCUGUAAUGUUUGGCACCACAACAAGGCUAAAUCGCGUUUAAUCCAUAUCUGCUGGUUUACUUGUGCGCUUCGAAUCAAGGACGAAGAAACCCUUUCACAUGAAGCUCGCUGGUUUAUCAAAGAAUACCAGUUCGUGACAGACACCUACCGACUCUUUGCAAUGCUGAGCCGCCUGUGCGGCGAUCCGCAUAAAUCUCUUUUUCACUCCUCUCCAAACAUGAAAUUCAUGCUUCGUCAGAUCAAGGCGAUGGACUUCACUUUGACAGAUACGAAAAAGCCCGAAAUGAUCCGCCAUUCCAUCUGGAAGGAGCGCGCUUCCCUCACAACUAAAGAUGAAAAUGGGCAACCGAUACCUGCGUAUGGACUAGAUGCCGCCCUUUUGACGCUCUACGGUCAUAUCCUUUACUCUGGUGGAAGUUUUUUUCCUGCUCUGAACUAUUUCUUUCGAGCAUAUGCCCUGGACGACCAGAAUCCGGCCGUUCUUCUCUCGAUUGGGCUUUGCUACAUCCACCACUCUCUCAAACGCCAGUCUGAAAAUCGACACUACCUCAUCUUGCAGGGCCUCUCAUUUAUGAAACGCUACCGCGUUGUUCGAUCAAAACCCGGGACAAUCUUGCAAGAACGACAGGAAAUGGAGUUUAACUGUGCACGUGUCUGGCAUGGUCUUGGAUUAGCACAUCACGCCAUUGAAGGGUACGAAAAAGUGCUGGAGCUUGGCAAACAGAUCAAAGAACAGACUCAGACAUCCUUAGCCCCAGAUGGGGAUGUAGUGAUGGGCGAGGCAGGCAAAGAUUCUCCGAAGUUCGUCGAAAAUUUUGCAAUGGAGGCUGCCUAUGGAUUGCAGUGUCUUCAUGUCAUGGGUGGCGAAGUGCAGGCUGCGAAAUCCGUCACCGAGGAAUGGCUUGUCAUCUGA